AUGAAGUUUUUCCAGACACUCACUGCUUCUUUGCUCACGGUUGCGCACCUUGCCUCCGCUGGCAAGGUUCGCGUUGACCAUGCACCCGCACCCCAACACGCUGCGUCCACUACGGGCCAGGGUCAGGAAGAGGCCUUUCACUGGGAGCGUCUUGACAAGGACAAUGCGCUUCUCCUAAUCGUCGACAUCCAAGACGGUCUUUUCAAUCUUGCCCGCGACUGGGAUGCAACUGCCUAUCGCGAGCAAGUUCUGGCUCACGGCGCCAUCGGAAAGCUGUUUGACCUUCCUGUUAUCCUGACCACUUCCGCCGAUCAGGGUCCUAAUGGUCCUUUGAUGAAGGAAUUCGUCGAUUGGUACCCUGAUGCGCCCUUUAUCCAUCGUCAGGGUGAGGUGAACGCCUGGGAUAACCCGGAUUUCAAGGCUGCCGUCCGCAGCUUUAACCGAACUCAGAUUAUCCUCGGUGGCAUUGUUACUGACGUCUGCACCGCUUUCCUGGCCUAUUCGCUGCGGGAGGAGGGCUACAGUGUCUGGGCCAACAUCGAGGCCUCUGGAACCACCUCUAAGCUCAUCCGCGACAAUGCUAACGACGGUAUGGCCCGUGCUGGCGUCAACGUCGUCUCGAUGUUCUCCAUCCUCUGCGACCUCAUGCGUGAUUGGCGAAACACUCCUGGCUCUGCCGAGGUGCUGCCUUUCAUCGACAGGUUCUUCCCCGUCUACGGCAUCGUCGCUAGGGCUCAUGCCGGCGCGGUAACGAAUGGUACUUUGAACCCCGGCGAGGAGGAGGUCGCCAACAAGUUCCACCCCGACCCGUAA